AUGGUCAUGGCGGAAGGAACCGCUGUCUUGCGGAGAAAUCGCCCAGGAACUAAAUCCCAGGAUUUCUGCAACUGGCCGGAUGAGCCGUUUGACGACAUGGACAGCACGCUGGCCGUGCAGCAGUAUAUCCAGCAGAGCAUCCGGACGGACUGCACAGACAUCGACAAAAUUUUAGCGUCUCCGGAGGGGCAGGAUGAAGGAGUCUGGAAGUAUGAACAUCUUAGGCAAUUUUGUUUGGAGUUGAACGGCUUGGCGGCCAAACUACAGGUAGAGUGCCACCAAGAUACCUGCACACAGAUGACCGCAACAGGGCAGUGGAUGUUCCUCUGUUCUGCUCACAAGAUUCCUAAAGAGUGCCCGGCCAUCGACUACACCAGACACAUUUUGGAUGGCGCUGCAUACCUACUCAACAGUAACAAGUACUUCCCUAGCCGGGUCAGCAUUAAGGAAUCCUCAGUAGCCAAGCUGGCUUCAGUCUGUCGGCGAGUCUACAGAAUAUUCUCACAUGCCUACUUCCACCACCGCCAGAUUUUUGACAUGUAUGAGAACGAAACCUUCCUGUGCCAUCGGUUCACACGGUUUGUCAUUAAGUACAAUCUCAUAGCCAAGGACAACUUGAUAGUGCCCAUCAUGGUGGAUGAGACGGAGGCUGACACAGAGGUGGAGGGCGAAGCCUGAGGACCCCGACAUUUCUUCCUUUUCUCUCUCACGCAUACACACAAUAACCCCACUGGUUGACUAACACUCAACUCCGUUUUGUUUUCCACAUUAGCAUAAAAAUGUUUCUAAGGCAGCAGAAACAAAGCGGAAUAGGGUGAAAGUGCCUUUAAAUCAACCCUGGUCUCCGGUGAUUUCAUAUUUCCAAGCUGACAUUAACUGCUAAGGAUCAUGCUGAUGUGGGCACACAUGCUUUUAAAUAUCGGGACAGCGGGGAAGUUUGCUUCUGCCCCUCGCCUCUCUGUAGAGAAGCUUCUGUUUGGCUUAGUUACUGCUGUAACACAAUAUUUAUAUUGGUAUUAAGAUAUCUGUUUCAUCAAGUGUUCACGAGUAGUUUGUGCGGGGGAGUUGGGGCGGGUGUGCUCCUGUGCCCCAGUUAUGUAAAUACUCGGAAGACAAGUACAAUACCGCUUGGCACUGGUUGAGAUUACUUGAACACUUGUUUAUUGUUGUAUGUGAUGCAAAUUAGGGGUUUAUGGACUUCCUUCUAAUAAGAGCUUAUACAUAUUAUGUGAGGAAUUUUUUUUGGGUUCUGUGACUGAUUUAUGUCAAUUGUUGAGCACUGCCGUAGUAUUUUUUUAAUUAAGGAAUUGGAUUCCAUAUUCAUGUUAAGAAAUUAACUCAAAUGACACUGUAUUUUCUGUUACUUCCAUCCUUGGGGGAUAUGCAUUUGCAUUUUCUUAUUAAAAUAGCAGAUGCUUGGGGGGCGUCCGGGUGGCGUGGCAGUCUAUUCUGCUGCCUACCAACACAGGGAUCGCCAGUUCGAAUCCCCGUGUUACCUCCGGCUUGGUUGGGCGUCUCUACAGACACAGUUGGCCGUGUCUGCAGGUGGGAAGCCAGAUGUGGGUAUGUGUCCUGGUUGCCUGUUCGGGGGAACUGGGGGUUAUAGCGUGAUCGUUCCACGCGCUAUGUCCCCCUGGUGAAACUCCUCACUGUCAGGUGAAAGAAGCGGCUGGUGACUCCACAUGUACCAGAGGAGACUUGUGGUAGUCUGCAGCCCUCCACAGAUCACAGGGAGUAAGGCAGUGACCAGGGCGGCUCAGAAGAGUCAGGUAAUUGGCCGGAUAUAAUUGGGGGGGUGGGGACCCCCACCCCAAAAAAAUAUAUAUAUAUCAGAUGCUUAAUAUUUACAACCGUCUCACAUGUAUUUCCAAAACAAAUCUGACAUUUUGUCAUUUCCUGGUCUAUGAAGUGCCCUACCACUGUAAUAACAUCACAAUGUGUGAAAGAUUAAUCUUUGUCGGGGAGUUUAGUUUUAAAAUCCCCCCCCCCCCCCAUUUUUCUCCCCAAUUCUAUCCGGCCAAUUACCUGACUCUUCUGAGCCGUCCCGGUCGCUUCUCCACCCCCUCUGCCGAGCCGGGGAGGGCUGCAGACUACCACAUGCCUCGUCUGAUACAUGUGGAGUCACCAGCUGCUUGUUUUCCCCCGACAUAGGAGUUUCGCCAGGGGGACGUAGCGCAUGGGAGGCUCACACUAUUCCCCCCAGUUCCCUCUGCCCCGACCAGAGGAGGCGCUAGUGUAGGGACUAGGACACAUCCGGCUUCCCACCCACAGACAAGUGUGCGCGCGUAGGGACGCCCAACCAAGACGGAGGUAAUUUGAACGGGGAUUCCCAUGUUGGUAGGCAACGGACUAGACUGCUAUGCUUCCUGGACACCCCAUCUUAUCUUUUGUAGGGUAAUGUGUUAACUGCCUUGGUUUGAAAAAAAAAAAGUUUAUAAUGGAUUCCUUGGACACAAACUCAGGUGUAGUAAAACAUGUUAUAUACUUUUCUCAAGUUCUAGAUAAAUGUUGAGUUGUAGUUUUCCAGCUGCUGCUUAGCAGUCUUCACAGGACGCAAUUCAGCUUUAUUAAAUUGAGCUCUACUUC